CGUAGGCCAGUUCUUUGCAAAACCCUAAUUUCUCUUUCUGCAAUUCAAUUGAAUCGAUCAAUCCUGUAUACAGAAACAAGGGAUGGCUGUCGCGGUUCUUGGUCAGCUUAACGUGAACGAGUUGCCUUUGGGGGGAUCUAGAAGCGUCGAUUGUUUCGACAAAUUGGAGCAGGUUGGCGAGGGCACUUACGGUCAAGUUUACAGGGCCAAAGAAAAGAAAACGGGUGAAAUUGUUGCUUUGAAGAGACUACGAAUGGACAAAGAGAGAGAAGGGUUUCCAAUCACUGCUAUACGUGAAAUCAAAAUUCUAAAGAAGCUAAAUCACAAGAAUGUAAUUGAGCUUAAAGAAAUUGUGAUUUCUCAAGAUGACGAGAAGAAUGAGCAGGAGAGGCUGCCCCAUGGUGGUAAUAAGUAUAAAGGUGGAAUUUACAUGGUGUUUGAAUACAUGGACCAUGAUUUGAGUGGUCUAAUGGACAAUGAUUUAAUGGGUCUUCCUGAUCGGCGGAUGAGAUUUUCAGUUCCCCAGAUUAAGUGCUAUAUGAUUCAACUGUUGAAGGGACUUCGUUAUUGUCACUUAAAUCAAGUUGUUCACCGUGAUAUCAAAGCUUCUAAUCUUCUUAUAGACAAUGAGGGUAAUCUAAAGCUUGCAGAUUUUGGGCUUGCCCGGCUUUUCUCAAGUGAACACAAUGCCCAUCUUACAAAUCGUGUUAUUACUUUAUGGUACAGACCUCCUGAAUUGCUGCUAGGAGCAACACAAUAUGGUCCAGCUGUUGAUAUGUGGUCUGUUGGUUGUAUUUUUGCUGAACUUUUGAGUGGAAAACCUAUUUUCCCUGGAGCAGAUGGGCCGGACCAGUUAAAGAGAAUUUUUGAGUUGUGUGGGGCUCCAGACGAGGUCAAUUGGCCUGGGGUUUCUAGAAUGCCCUUGUAUAGAAACUUCAAGCCAUUGGGGCCAAAGGAGAGAUGUCUUGGAAAAUGGCUGCUUCAAUGUAAUGGUUUUGACUGUCAUGCUUUGCAGUUGUUGGAGAGGAUGCUGACUCUCAAUCCCUCUCAGAGAAUAUCUGCCAAGGAUGCACUUGAAGCUGAGUAUUUCUGGACCGAUCCAUUACCUUGUGAUCCAAAGAGCCUACCUAAAUAUGAAUCUUCACAUGAGUUCCAAACAAAGAAAAAGCGCCAGCAACAACACAAACAUGGUGAAAACGCUAGGCAUCAGAGGCAACAGCACUAACAGUAUGGUCAGCAUCAUUAAAGACUUGACAACAAGAUUAAUGGUUGUGUAGAAGAUUUAGACGUAUUAUUGAUGAUCACUGAUAUUGAUCAGACAACAUCACUCUGAUGAGUGAUUUGAGAAAACAGAUGAUGCUCAUCUUAAUAUGAUAUGAGGCUGCACUCAGGCUUCUCCAUAUGAAUAACAUUUUGGGUUGCUUUGACAGCCUUUGCUGCCAUUUGGCAAUAACUCGAAUGGUUCAGUAAAUUGGUUAAUUUUUCAGCAUUGGCUGAGGAAUUCAUUGUAACUAUCUAACUAACGUUCUCUUUUUCCCUGGAAAUGAUGUAUACCUUCCCAGAAGUAUAGGAUGGUAAAUCUUCGGAUGGGUAGCUAACUUCAAACGGCUGAAUCUUACAAAUGUGAUGUAAACUUUCACUUUUCUCAGUAAACAAUCAAUAGAUGA